CAAGCUGAUCGAGAUUGUUCUGACUCCGCGCCAGCUCGCUGUUAAUCUCUAACCUGAAAUCACGCAUUGCAAAACAAUCGCUGACACUCCCAGUACAAUCGCGCGUGAAGAAAAAUGCUUGACACUCUUCAUGCUUAGUCUGUGGCAAAAUGUUUCUUCUUCGUUGGCCUUUUUGUUGUUUUUUACUAGCUUUUCAUAAGCCGGCCUGCGGUUGGGUGCGACAUGAUGUCUCGGAAGUCACAUGUUCGCAGGGUCUCUCCGAGUGCACGGUGGUUGCUGUGAUGCCGUUCGCCAUCCCAGAGAGUGAUGCCGUGGACAUCCAAACGAUAACGGCUAAAGUGGAGCUCUGCUGCAAAGAAAACACGUCAUGCACGUUGUGUCUGCUCAUGGAAGCUGAAAUCGCCAUCCAUGUGGAUGAAGACAUGGCCAAAAAGCUCCAGUCAAAGCAGGACACUGAAGAGGACACCCAAGCGGCAACAAUUUCAGCAGCAGCAUUUGUGACGUUAUGUUACAAUACGCCACCGACUUUUCCAGCAUGCAAGAGAGUGGACUUCACCGUCACUCCUACAGGACUUGAGCAGAAAGUUGCAAAGAUAUCCUUGGUGAUUACCAAUCCAUCUGCGGUUUCCUUCAGCAGUAUUGUGUACGUGUAUUCUUCAAAAGCAAUGCAUCCCCGUAAGGAAGUCGUGUCUCCUUCUCUCAACGAAGUGUGCUCCCAAAACCGGCGCAAACCCAUCAAAGAGUGUCACGUGCCAACAAUCAGCAGUGUAAUUAACCAAAAAAUGAAUCAAGUAGAGCUGAAGUUUUCUGGAGAGAGCAAUGUGUGCAUCCAGUAUGAAGCAGAUGGAAGAUGCCAGAGUUGGGAGAGGAAAACGAUCCCACUGCACUCUGUGACACCUUGCUUGUGUCUUCAGGUUUGGGAUGAUGACAGACGUUCUCAGAGCUGCCCCUUCAAAAACAUGGGGUUCCUUCAAGAGAACGUAUGGCGGAACCUGACUGCUUCUGUGGAUCGCGGUCGAAUGAACGACAAGGGCCAAAUGCUGCUGUGGAACCUGACUGCCCCCUGUAGGCUGGAGGGGGAGGUCUGGCCCUGUCGGUGGACUUUGCCGUACAUUUGCACUGAGAUCGAGGGCUUUCGCCAACAGCUGGGGAAUUCAACAUGGAAGCAAAACAGGAGUAUGCUAUGGGUGAAAAAAGGUGUCUUCGAGGACAUUAACCUGCAGCUGUCAACAUGUGUUAUGGUGCGUUUAAGGAAUGGGGGCCUUCACCUGGGACCUUUUUGCUCUCAUCAGACAGCAAGGUGGCGCUGGAAUCUGUUGGCUGUGGCAGUUUUGCUGGUGAUCACCUUGACAGCAUUGAUAUUAUGUCUUCUGCAUGACUUUAUCAAAAAAUGGGCAAGCCGAUCUUUUCGUGGAGGAUGUACAAAGAUUGGCAGCAAAGGUCAUGUCGUCCUCCUGAGUCCGCCAGAUGUUCACAACGACAUUUCCGAGGUUUGUGGCCUGGGUUCCCGACUCAGCAGUCAGGGCUUCAGUGUGUCUGUGGACCAGUGGAGCAGGAUGGAGCAGUGCAAUCUGGGCCCCCUGCCAUGGCUCCACUCCCAGCUGCUGCACGUAAAGAAUCUGGGCGGACGCGCGGUGCUCAUCCUGACUCGCAAAACUAUGGGGCUGGUGCAGGAGUGGAGCCAGCAGCAUCGAGAGGCACUCCGGGCAGGGAGUGGGGAUGGAAACGCGCCUCAGUCUCCAUACUCGGAUGUGUUCAUGGCCUCGCUGUCCCUCAUCCUCGGGGACAAGCAGCAAGGCAGGACUGGAGAACGUUUCCUCCUGGUGACAUUCGAACAGGACGUGGCGCAGUCGGCUGGCAGCUUGCCAGAACCGUUUCAAGGACUUCAUUUGUUCCAGCUUCCGUCCCAGAUGAAAACUCUCUUGUGUGAGCUCACUGGGGGAGCAAAGGGCAAGGCAGAAGGCGGAAGGAUAAAGGCCGGCUGGAAAUGGGCAACCUUGGACGGAUGGAAAUCGAAGACUAAAAAUGCAACAUGCAGCCAAGGAACAAUACACGUACAGUGUAAAUAUUCUGGAAUUUAAAGACAUUGCGUGACACUUGGUGCACUGUUGCUUUGAAGAGACAAUGAAGUAUAUCUUCGGUGUCCUGUGAAAAACAUGUAUGUUCAUUUUGACAUUUAAAGGUGUCCGCGUGUUGUAAAAAAUUAAAAAUGGACAAAAAGUGACAUACUUGUUUUUCACAGGAAAGCGAUGAUUUGCAACGUACAAAGUCAUUAGAAUAUGAUUGAAUAUAUUUUUUAAAAUUUUAACAGUAUUGCUGGCACUCAUUGUUUACUUAUUGUCAUAGAUGAAUGCUCAAAGAUUUGGUACGAAAAACAGCAGUUACCAUAACAACAGUAGUGGACGGUGCAUUUUGUUAGCCUAAUAACAUAGCUGGACAAAUGAUAUAAAGCUUUCUGUCAAAAUGUCAA